UGAAGAUAAUUUUCCCCAAAAGGCUUGGUAACAAUACAAAUCUUAACGUAUGAACUGGUGAUGAAAAAAUGUUACAACACUUCCGUGUUAAUUUUAUCUUCUUUCCUUUUUUUGUUUAAUCACCUUUUAUUUGCGAGGGAAAGCGUUGUUAAGGAAAUAUCGUGCUUAAGGAAGUCUAUCAGAAGCUUUCGUCUCCAAACUCAGAUAAACAUGUGGACAAGAAGGAUUUCUGUGUGAAAUGGCAAAGAUGCGGAUCAACAAGUCUGUGCUGAUGGGUCUGGUGCUGCUUAACGCUUAUUUACCAGUAUCUGGAACAACAACAACAAAUGCGAGCAACGCCCAAACAUCAGAUUCUAUGACAACAUCUCAAAAAACCUCACAAAUCAUGAUAGCAACGACAACAAAAUCAAAUACUGCGAUGCCCACCAGAACUAUAACACCUACUUAUACUACGAUGCUUACCACAACAACGACACCUACUUAUACUACGGUGACUUCAAGAAGAACGACACCUACUUACACUACGAUGUCAACCACAACAACCACACCAACUAAUACUACGAUGUCUACCACAACUACGGCACCUAUCACAACUACACCUACGACAGCUACAUCCACGACAGCAUCACCAACAUCUACAACUAAGACGCCUACCAUAACCACCACACCUACGACAAUUACAGGUGCCACGACUACACCUACGACAAAUACACUUACGGCAAUUACAUUUACGAAAACCACACUUACAACAACUUCACACACGACAACUACAGCUAUAAAUACUACAACUACCACAAAUUCACCUACCACUACGACAACACCUACAACAACCACGACAACUACGACAACUACACCUACCACGGCUACACCCACGACUAAUUCACCUACGGCAACUGCACCUACGAAGACUACAAAUUCUAAGGCUGCACAUACGACAACUAUAUCAACGACACCUACCUCAACAACGACACUUAUCACAACUACGAAACCUACCACAACUCUGACACCCAUCACCAUUUCGGCACCAAUAAGAAAAAACACACAUAUUAUAACUACGACACAAUAUACCAAUAAGACAAUUGCAACUUUGAUACCAACUACGAAACCUACCACUACUAAAAUAUCUACCACAAUGUUGACACCCACCACAAUUACGAAAUCUACCACAACCACGAAACCUACCACAACUAUGACACCCACCACAAAUCCAAAACCUACAACAACUACAAUAUAUACCACAACUUUGACACCUACCACAAUUACAAAAGCUACCACAACUACGAAACCUACCAAAACUAUGACACAUAUAGCAACAAUUACCACUCUAAAAAUGGAUUAUUUGCAAAAUACCACAGGAACCACAAUCGUGCAAAACAAUAAUGGAGUUGCAAUGUCCGAGUUGUGUUUUUCCGCCUUGAUGGUUGCAACGACUACAAUAAUUCACUAUAUAUUGUGAGGCUUUCUUUCACACAAAGUGGAUAGCAUUGCAUCUCAAAAUAUUUCAGACGUAUGAAGGAUAUCUUUGAAAAAAAUAGCCUCAGUUUAUAACAGGUUGAGUACGCGUUGUGAUUAAAACGAAAACUUGAAUUGGCAUUUAACAUGUAUACAUUUUUUAUUAACGUGUGAACGUGUAUAUACAUAUUCUGUUUACAUAUUGUGUAUCUUAAACACUUGUAUGAUGGUUGUAUAAGGAAAAUAUGUAUUUUACUUUUGUCUAAAAAAAUAUGUUACAUUUAGAAGUUUGUUUUUCAUGAAAUACAGAUACAACAUGAUUGCAUCAUUAGUUCUAUUGUAUGUUCGACAACUGAAUUGUACAUAAAACAUACAAAUGAAGGGUUAUUGUUGACAUUCAUUUGAACCAAUAUUCUAUGUUGUAUUAAUUUUACCCUCUCUGUGUCGUAUAAUUCUGUAUGUUUCAGAAUUGUCAUAAGCAUUUGUAUUAUUUUUCAUUACUGACACACAUCAAAAUAGGUACCUUUACCAUAUACUUUAAUAUUGUAACGACAAUUUGUUUCAAUUAACGGGUAUAAUAUGUUUAAAAAGUUUUUCUCAUUCAGAUGAUUUAAAUUUAUUUUUGCUGCUAUCUGGAUAUUUCGUAUUACUAUUGGACAAUACAUAUCCAACGAUAACAUAACUGUUCAAUAAAGUUUUACAAUAAAUAUAUCUAUGACAUGUAAUUCCGUUAAUCCAUUAAUUACAGCAUUGUCAUUGAAUAGAGUCAUUCUGAUGAAUCUGUGCCAAAUAUCAGCUGCAUAUGUGUAAUAACUACCCACAAACAGAUAUAAUAAUGCACUCAACACCAACAUUUUGCAAAUUGAUAAAUUAGUUAAGUUCAUUUAUAUUUCCUUAUUGAAGUAUGUUGAAUUAUACAGUUUGUAAACCUUGUGAGUUGUUUCACUGUAAUCCACAUUGAAAUCUCUUGUUGUAAACAUGGUAUGCAUAUUAUAUUAACACUUGCAAUGAAAUCAAUAGUGUAUGUCUGAUACUGAAGGUUCGGUAUUUUUGUGUUCACGUUCACAUCGGUCUUUAAAAUUAAAGGCUAUAUCUCAUGUUUUAGUCAGGUAAUCUACAUACUAUUUACAUGGUGCAUCAAACGAAUCAGAACAGAAAUAGUAA